AUGUUCAAACUAUCCUUAAUUCUCUCGUUUUAUUUCACUUAUAUUCCACCUUCUUCCGCAAAUAUUGGAUACAUUCUACCCAUCAGCCGUCGUUCCGUCAAUUACCCAGAUGAAAAUCGCGAUUUCGAUCUCGGUUUCGCCAGAACUGAACUCAAAGGCGUCAUUCGAAAGUACACAGCUAUACAACAGCGAGGUCUACUUCUCAAUACAGACAAUGACAUUUCAGACUUUGUCCAUGAUAACUACCCCGAUGUCGAUAUUAUCGUUGACAAGGCUUUUUCAGCUGGAAAUUUCGAUGAAGUCAUUCAGACCGCCGAAGCAAUAGCCCCUACUUUCGACACUUUACCUCUUGUUGACCAGAUUGAGGAAGGACUGGACUUGGUUUACUAUGGGGAAGUUCAGAUCGGCACACCUACACAGACGUUCAGCCUUGAUAUCGAUACGGGCUCGGCGGACCUUUGGGUUCCUUGCGACUGUGCUCGUUGCCAGUCAAGGCAGUAUAAUCCAGGCAAGAGUUCAACUUACCGCCAGAAGGACGAUGCAUUCGACGUCGUAUAUGGGACCGGCUGGGUUCAUGGGAGGACGGUUAUCGACAGAGUGAGCAUAGCGGGAGUUACAAUCGACAAUCAGACCUUUGGAACUAUCAGCCAUGAAAGUGCCGAUUUCCGGGCAUAUUCUAAUGAUGGGAUUCUCGGUCUAGCGUUUUCUACCAUUGCCCAGUGCCACGAGCAUACAAUUAUGGAGAAUGCUAUUUUACAGAAGCAAGUCAACGUCCCCAUAUUCUCUGUGCACCUUGAACGAGGUCGCGAAAAUGGAUCGGAGUUGUGUAUAGGUUGUUUUCAUCCUUCCAAAGCCAUAGGUUCUCCCUCAUGGAACAGGGUCAUUGAUCGAACAUACUGGUCUAUAUCCUUGAACGCGUUCGUGGUUUCUGGCUACUGGAACGUGUUUGCAACGAAGAUGUCCGCCGUCAUCGAUACCGGAACCACUCUUAUUUAUCUUCCCGGCGAUGCAGCCAAUCAAUUGUACUCAAAGAUUCCUGGUGCAAAGCGUGCCACUGAUUAUGGUGCAGGGUUCUACAGCUACCCUUGCAAAGACGCCUUCGGUGUGGAGUUUGUUUUCGACGAUCGACCAUUGUCAAUUCACCCGGAUGAUUUCAAUCAAGGAAUGACCAGCUCCGAUCCUAGUCAAUGUAUUGGGGGUAUUAUCGCGAUUACGGAUUCUUCAUGGCCGUCAGACCUGGCCAUCAUAGGCGAUGAAUUUUUGAAGUCAUGGUAUUCUACAUACGAUUACUCCUCCGGUGGACGAGUGGGCUUCUCUCCUAGUAUAAAUAAUCACUUCCUUCGAUCGUGA